UGAACACGCCGCCGUGCUAGCUGUGGCUGGGUCAACGACCGUCGUGGCAUCAGCUGGUCGCCUAACGCAUCGCGCCACCUGCAGCAUGUGUUCGUAGCAUCGGUGGCGAGACAUCUGUGUGGGAGGGCUGGCUAACUCCUCGUCGGUGAUUCCCAAAGGGUCAUGCCAGACCGAGUGCAAGUUUUAGCGACACACACAUGUCGGCGCCUGUACUCGAGCCGCAUAGAGACGCCCAGAACCGGGAGCAUGAAGAAAUUGACCGCUACUGGGGCCUUGGUGUGGUGGUGUUGCUGACGUCAUUCCUCUCCACUGUGGUGCUCGCAAACUCGGCCCUCUUCUAUGUGCGCCUCAAGGAAGCGUACGACGUGGACUACGAGGCCGCUCUGUGGCCGCUGACAGCAAUGUGCAUUGUCGCCCGAGUGGACCUAUCAUUUACCAGGUUCAAAAAUGGGUGCCUGUUCACGUCAUCGCCUUGGUGGGUAGCGUGCUGGCCUGGCUUGGAUUGGUAUUGUCCGGGUUCGCACCUAACAUCAUCUGGGCAACCCUCUCGCUGGGCGCUAUGCAUGGAGCCGGAAUUGGUAUCGUGCUCAUCAGCUUCUCCGCCUGUACCGCGACGCACUUCCACGGGCACUACGGAACCACCAACAGUCUCAAAUAUGUCGGCUGGUCAGCCGCAGGACUUCUGGGUCCCGUACCACUGGCUUUCAUGGUUGACCAAUACGGCCUAAAAAGAGCACUAAUACUUGUGGGUGUUGUGGUCAUGAACAUCACACCCCUGACGUUGUUCCUUAGGACACCCCAAGCAGCAGGCUGUGACUGUUUCCGCAGGUUGUUAUCACCCAAGUCGCGAAUGAUCACCAUCACCAGCCGGCUUCUUGACGGAGAAAUGCGCAUAAAAUAUUCGGAACCUGGAAACUUGGAAGGCCUUCAAAGCAGCAACCAGUCAUGCGAUGCGGGUUUGCAGACGGAUUACCCUACAACUGCAGGGAUGCAGUUAAGCGUUCGAAGGGUACAACCAAUUGAAGAUUUCAACAUGGACGCCCUUCGUUCUAGUGGACCCGUUCCGGAACGUAAUGAAUACUUACGGCAACAGUCAACGCUAGCAAGCCAAGUACUGUCCUCUAACGUUACUCCAGCUCAAGCCGCUUUACACCAGACUCUCGCAGAAACGCUAAAUUCCCAAACGGGUUUCAUCAAAUCUGCACCGGUCUCACCGGAUAAAUUUAUAAAUCUAUUGAAUAUGCGAACCUUUUGCACGCUGACUUUAACCUACGUUCUAGUCGACUAUACUAAUUUUGCCUUCAGAGCGACCCUGGUUUCCUAUGCCAUUGACAAGGGGCUUUCCCGGUCUGGAGCCGAGUCUCUAAUUAUGUACGAUGCCAUUGGUUCUAUGCUUGGGCGGCUGGUACUGGCGCGCCUGUUAUGCCUGAUUCACGUUCGACAAGGGAUCGCUUAUGCUUUGUGCUUGAUGACGCUCUCUGCGUCACUUGCAGCACUUUCGUUUGUGACGUCUCAGACUGCGAUGGUCGCUACCGUGGUCGCUGCUAGCCUGCCCUCAGGAUUCCUGCUGGCCACGAAACCGGCGGUUGCCACCAGUUUCUUGGGAUUUCACAUGUCUGGCGCAUCAUGGAUCGUGACUGGAACCUGCACCAUUCCUGUUCCUCCUGGCUAAUCCAGUUAUUACAGGCUUCUUCCGUGACACAAUGUGUUCUUUCGACAACCUCUAUCGGCUCUACGCUGCGUUAAACGUCUUCGCCGCAGUCUUACUACAACUUCAACUAUUGCUGAAAAGGUGCACUCCGGCAGGCAACAGCGAAGACAGACAAUAGAGUGAGUGGCAAAGAAGAGGACGUGCCGGUGGUGAUCAAGCUAUUAUUCCACAGGGCAUUUAAAGGUCGCCAGCAUAAGAACGAGAAGGUCGCUGGCUGAUUGUAUCUGUCAUGCAGUCAAGUGUAGUUGCUCAAUUAAAUGUGUGUUG